ACCCCUCCUCACAUAAGCAAUCUCGAUACGAGUCGUCGUUCUCCUGGUGCUCAAGCUUUUUUAGAAGUACGAUUGGGUUAUCAGUCAUCGGAUCAUUCGGAAAACGUCGAAUCUGAAUAAUUGAUCCGAUUCAAUAUUCGGUGUUCUCAGGAAAUCGGAAUUUUUAUUCAAUUUACUAGGGAACGUUAUAAUUCACCAUGUUUACGCGAAUCUUCGGGAAACCUAAACAGGAAACAAAUGCUCUAGCCACACUUGACAAGUUGAAUGAGACCCUUGAGAUGUUAGAGAAAAAGGAGAAAGUUCUACAGAAGAAAGCUGCUGCUGAAGUUGAAAAGGCAAAGGAGUUUACUAGAGCUAAAAACAAAAGGGCUGCAAUUCAAUGUCUUAAAAGGAAAAGGCUUUAUGAACAACAAAUUGAACAGCUUGGUAACUUCCAAUUACGCAUUCAUGAUCAGAUGAUAAUGCUAGAAGGUGCAAAAGCCACAACAGAGACUGUUGAUGCUUUGAGAACUGGAGCAGCCGCAAUGAAAGCCAUGCAAAAGGCAACGAAUAUUGAUGAUGUAGACAAAACGAUGGAUGAAAUUAAUGAGCAGACGGAGAAUAUGAAACAGAUUCAGGAGGCACUGUCUACACCAAUUGGAGCAGCAGCUGAUUUCGAUGAGGAUGAAUUGGAGGCAGAACUUGAGGAGCUAGAAGAAGCUGAAUUGGAGGAACAGCUUCUUCAACCUGCCACCACAGCACCUGCUGCACCAAUUCAUGUACCAGCUGGUAGGCAACCCGAACGACAUGCUCCUCGAAAGAACACCGCUGAGGAAGAUGAGCUCGCUGCUUUGCAGGCAGAAAUGGCUCUUUAGAAAGUUUAUGAUUCUUGAGGAGAGAUUGUGUGACGGAUCGGAUGGUAGUCUAAGGUCGACAAUGCUGCUUGCUGUAUCUUUACCCUUCGAUCUUUAAGAUUUCGUGAUGUGCAUUUGGAAAAUAACUGUAUUGUAACUGUAUAGAUGGCAUCAAACAAUCUGUAUUUCGUUGUGUUGCAGUUUAAAAAAAAGAAAUAUUGCUGCUCUAUUAUUCUUGGAGAUGAAUUAACUUUGCACAAUUCUAUACGAUUUUGUUUUUGACUAUU